CGACACACAGAAUUAAUUCGGUAAAGUUGAUGUUCAUAUUUUUUCCAUUGAAUUUGAAGCUAAACUUAGUAAUUCUAUGGUGCAAUAACAGUAAAUAAAUACAGUGACAGAAGCUAAAUCGUUUCGUGAUUGACAAACGUAAUUGACGAGUAAAGUGAUUCUACUAGAAAUACGCAAUUUGGUGGUGCGCUUUAAUUUUAUAUUUUUAUAAAAUCGAAAUCCAUAUCAAUCGUACAAAGUGUGGUUAUGUCAACUCUGUCAAAUUAUCACUGAGUGCAUUUUUUUGAACAAACUGAAAAAUGUUUGGUGGAUCGUCAAAACCAACGUUUGGCACUACACCAGCAAGCGGUUUCGGAUUCAACAAUACAGCGACGACCAGUCCAUUUGGUACACAACCGGCGUUUGGUAAACCAGCUACAACAGGUUUCGGCCAACCAUCGGCAUUCGGACAACAAUCGAAUAUGUUUGGUACGACACAGCCGAGCGGUCUAUUUGGUGGUAAUCAGGCACCUGCCUUCGGUUCAGCGCCGACACAACAAUCGGGUUUCGGUGCAUUCGCCCAACAGCAACAGGCAAACAACACUUUGUUCGGCUCAUCAAUGCAACAAAAUAAACCGUCAAUUUUCGGACAGCCGUCAACAUCGGCAUUUGCGAAACCUGCUGGUGCUUUUGGAUUUGGAUCGCCACAGCCACAAACAUCAUUAUUCGGGCAAGCGAGCACAUCGACUACAGCGAAUGCCAGUUUUAGUGGAUUUGGAACGAAUGCUACGAGCGGUGGACUUUUCGGUGCUACAGCAACUCCAGCGUUCGGACAAUCACAACAGACUGGUGCAAAUGGCUCUGCUAUUGUCAAGUAUCAAGCACUCCACGGUACAGACACGUUGAUAAAGGGCGGUGCGUCGACUACUGUCAACACGAAGCAGCACUGUAUCACUGCUAUGAAGGAAUAUGAAUUGAAAAGUCUGGAAGAGAUCCGAAUCGAAGAUUAUACGGCCAAUCGUAAGGGACCUCAAGCUGGUGGUAUUCCAGGAAGUUCCAGUGGACUGUUUGGUGCAACUGCUCCAAAUGGUGGAGGAUUAUUCGGUGCUCCAGCUUCUCAACCAUCUACUGGACUUUUCGGACAACAGCAACCGGCAGCAAACACAUUAGGUGGAUUUGGUGCACAACCUGCAACAAACACUUUGGGUGGUUUCGGUCAACCACAAUCCAGUGCAUUCGGUCAAGCACAGCCGGCACAAUCAACCGGGCUAUUCGGUAAAUCUUUUGCUGCGCCUGCAACAUCAACAGCUUUCGGUGGUUUUGGCACAGCAGCACCGGCCAACGCCAAUAUGUUUGGAGCGAAACCGUUCGGCCAACAAUCAGGUAGUCUAUUUGGAGCUACGCCCCAAGUGUCGGGUGGUUCUACAUUCGGACAACAGCCUACAACGGGAUUCAGCGCUUUCGGUCAAACCUCAGUCAACCAACCGGCACCACUCUUCGGAUCGAGUGCUACAACCAAUACUGGGUUCGGCAUGGGCCAAACUUCAGCUCCGAAUACCGGAUUCGGCGGCUUUGGUGCCACCAAUACAAAUGCUAAUGCCGUUGGUGGAGGCGGACUGUUUCCACAACAAAAGCCUGCAACUGGUUUCGGUGCUGCUCCCGCUUUUGGUGCACCGACAUCUACAUCCACAGGAUUCGGUAGCUUUGGACAGCCCAACACCUCCGGUUCAAUGUUCAACAAUACGUUCAACAAAACAGCAUCCACACCGUUUGGUGGCUUUCAAUCAACAGCACCGAAUAUGGGAACUGGCCUUGGACUAGGAGCCAACAAUUCAUUAUUUGGUCAAAAUAAACCUGGAAGCUUGUUCGGAACGAAUACAGCUCCAACUGGUGGCUUGUUCGGUUCCAGUUUCGGACAAACGAACACAUUGGGUGGUCUAGGCCAAAACACCAUGGGAAUGGGACAAGGACUGGGAAUGCAACAGCAACAGGUUCCGAUUCAUCAACAAAUAUUAGCGAUGACAACUUCACCGUACGGUGACAAUCCCAUUUUCAAAGAUCUAAAACCAGCGUCCGGUCUGAGUGAAGAUGCGUUACGACCAACAAAUCCUGCCGCACAGAAAGCCAUCCUGGAGUCAUCAUCGUCAAAUCAAUUCAAAGUGACGCCAACUGUUGGCAGCGGUUUAAAAGUCAAACCAAUUCAGUCGUCCCUAUCAAAGAAAUCGCUGUUCGGCGGCCUAGAAGAAUUCGACAGUUCGGUUGAAGAGAGUUUUUGCUUAAAACCGAAUGCUAAGCGACUCGUCUUAAAGCCAAAAUCAGCUCAAAAGGUAUCGCCCAACCAUACAAGACCGCUUCAAUCUACUCAAAACACGUCGUUCACCGGAAACUUCGAGAAUGCAAAGCAUUUGACCAGUUCGAAUUCGAAAGACAAUGCAGACGCCGAACAAUCUUUUAGCAAUCAAAUACCAACAAAUCUAUCAGCGCAAAAUACAGACCAAGAAAAUGUACGUCGUGUGUCUUGGCUGCAUUCGAAGGCGUUGGAAAAGGUGGCGAAACCUAGACUGUCCGAUUUCCAUGAAAAUACGAUAAAGGAGCUGGUCACCACACCAACAUCUAAAGACUCAACGAAGCAAAUAUCAAAGUCAACCACCGCGUCGCCUUUGACCGGUGAACAUCAAGCAGCAAGUGCACGAGACAGCAACUCAUUGACAUUCGAUUUGACACAUACCCCAGCAUCGACGGACAGUUCGUUUGCUUCGCAUUCAUUUCUGGAUGACACAAAUCCUGAUUUGUCGUUGAUAAAUGUGGCUCCGAAUGCGGCUGGUGUUAUUUUGACACGAGCUAAAUACUAUACGAUCCCAUCGCUAGAUAAAUUGGAAGAUUUUAUGAAUGAAGACGGCAGUUGCAUUGUGCCGAACUUUACAAUCGGUCGCAAAGGUUACGGCAAUGUGUACUUCAAUGAGCCGAUCGAUUUAGCCGGCUUGAAUUUGGACGAGCUGGUUCAUUUCCGGCAUAAAGAGGUUAUCAUCUAUCCGGAUGAUGAGAACAAGCCACCGGUGGGAACGGAACUGAACCGUAAAGCGCAAAUAACAUUGGACCAAGUGUGGCCACAUGACAAAACAUUGCAUGAAGCAAUUAAAGACAAGGAACGGUUAGAUCUAAUGGACUAUGAAGGUCAUUUGCGUCGGGUGUGCGAAAAGCAUGACACACGGUUCAUUGAAUAUCGGCCCGAAAGUGGAAGUUGGGUAUUUCGCGUUGAUCAUUUCUCGAAGUACGGGCUCAGUGAUAGCGAUGAGGACGACGCACCAGCUGAUCCGAAAAAGGCAAAACUUGCUACUGUUACCGGUACCGGUGACAAUGCGAAUCGAAAUUUGGUGGAUGUGGCUAAGGUCGCAGCAAUUGGAGGCUUAGCAAAACCCAAUCAGACAGUAGUCAAUGAUAUUCCACUAGCGAAUCACAGUCUCGGUGGUUUAACGUCGCGUUACGAUCUUACAGAGCACAUCGACGACUACAAUUUGUCGCAGCAUCGCUUUCAAGCACGAAGCCCAUCAACAUCACUGGCCAUGGACAUGGGAACAGAUUCACAUAAACUUCAAUUGAUGAAAGCGUCGUUUUUCGCUGACGACGACUACGAUGGUAAAUCGGUUAUAUCGGAACAAUUAGAAGGUCGAGACAGUCCCGAUCAAAUUGUGCCAAGUAGACCGGGCAUUCGAAGUCAUUUGUAUUCGGCGCCAUCUUCAGUGCAUAGUUUAUCGCGUGGGUUACCCAGCACCACUAGCUCAAUUUUGGAGAUACCCGUUCCGAAUCUUGUCGUUCCAGCGUUUGACUGCUUUCAACACCCGGAUUCGGUUAAGGAUGUGGGAAUGAAACCGACGGAAAAUCAGUCCACCAAAGUAGUUCGACCAACCGGUCCGCGAUCAGUGCCACUCGUCGUCAAACCGAAAGUGGCGUUAAUUCGCUUCCCCAACACGGUUAUACCAUUCGAAAAGUCUAUUGCUCGACAGUUGAAUGGACGAUGUGCGUCUGAUGUUGCACUUAUGCGAUCUAGGGGCUUUAAAGUCGGCUGGGGACAGCAGAAUCGAAUUUUUGUUCUCAGUACCAUUAACAACAACCAUCAUUUAGUAAGCAAAACCGUUGACUUGGAUCAACUGGGCAGCCUAUUCAGCGGUCGAGCAGAAGUGGACAAUUCUGGAAAUAUCGUUCAAGGACUACAAAUAGCAUCAAUGAAGCAAAUUCCAUCAUUCCACGAAUCGAUCGAGAAUCAUUUAACGGUUCAACUGAAAUUUAGCACCAAAAAUCGAGUGGCCGGCAGCGACUGUCCGUAUUAUCAGAGCAACAGCGGUACGCAGAUCAUCAACGAACACUUGAAUAUAGCGAAAAUUAAUGUUAAACUGAACGACGUUGGCGAUUAUGUGCUGAGUGUUUGGUCACUAGUGAACGCGUUAUGGGGAGAACAGGAGGAAUUGGAUGGACUGGAAGUAAAUUCACAUUUGACGAUAAUGAGACGAAAGGAAUUGCUGUCAGAAUGGCUGGAAGAUGUUGUCCCCGGUAAAGCAAACAAAUCGAUGGACAAUUUAGGUGACGGUGACGGUUAUUUAAGUCAUCUGCUUCAACUAUUAAGUUGUCAUAAAGUGGAGGAUGCGUGCGAGUUAGCAUUCAAUAAUAACGAUAUGAAUUUGGCUCUGCUUAUGGCACAACUCUCCAGUGGACCAACCGUUAGACAGCUGAUUCAACACCAAUUGUCCACUUGGCAAGAAGUUGAAGCUGAUAAAUUCAUAAAGAAUCCGCGACUGAAAGUAAUGAUGUUAGUUGCUGGUGUCCCAUUGCUGGCAUCGGCCAACGGACCGAUCAACAUAUUUGAGGACAUGGACUGGUUAAAGGCAUUUGCAACAAUUCUUUGGUACAUCAGUUCGGCUCCGUCAUCCAUAACGGACUCCCUGUGCGCGUACGAAGAAUUUUACCAAGCCGACGAAUUUCCUGCCGAACCGCCAAUGCCACCGUACAAUGGGAAAUACGAACCGUGCGCCAAUAACACUGUAAUGGACCUUCGAUAUCACAUACUUAAAUUGUACUCAAAGCGUAGCCAUCCAAUGGAAACGAUUUUGAAUCCAACCACCUACACCGCCGAUCAAAUGGAUUUCCGCUUGAGUUGGCUGCUAUUGCAAACACUGUCGUCGAUCGGUUACCAUCACUGCUCCGAAUUGUCGGCAGCCCAGUUGCAUGUAUCGUUUGCUAGUCAGUUGGAGAAUCACGGAAUGUGGCACUGGUCCAUAUUUGUUCUGUUGCACAUCGACAAUCCGAAUCAACGGGAAUCGGCCGUACAAAACCUUUUAUACAAAUAUGUGUCGCUGUCGCAAGACGAUGAUUAUUUGGAAAAGGAGCGGUUCAUCGUUAACGAUUUGGGCGUGCCGGACAAGUGGAUAUGUUGGGCCAAGUCGGUCAAAGCAGGUGUCCAAAAUAAGUACCAUAAACAAGCGGACUAUUUGUUGAAAGCAAAACAAUGGGCUGCUGCACAUGAUGUCAUCAUGAAGCACUUAGCACCAGAUGCCAUCAUCAACGACGACAUCCCAUACCUCAAGGAACUAUUGGAUCAAUUAGAAAAUCCACGCCUAAUUCCAAACUGGUCAAACGAGGGAAUGAUUCUGAUCGAUUAUGUGGAAAUUAUGGAAAAGUACGAAAGUCUUAAAACAAUUCAUGAGGGCGACAUCGAAACACGCUGGGAAGGACUGAAGCCCCAGUUGAACGAACUUUGUUCGCGCAUCAGUCUGUUUCCCUGUCCGACAGCCAAACAUCGUUUGUGUCAAAGUGAAAUUGCACAAAGAUUAGCCAACUUAAUAAGCGGAAUACGAAUCGUUUGUCCGGAUUUGAGUCCGUUGAAUGAAAUGAAGAUAACGUUAGGAAAAUUACCGUUGCCACAGGAAUAUGCACAACAGAAAUUGAGACUCUUCUUGGACGAUAGUUCGUUGAUGGAAAUGUUGUGAAUUUGACUUUUUUGAUAUAAACAAUUAAAAAGAAACGCAAAAUUCGAAAAACAAUUUUUUUGUAAAGCAAAGCAAAGUUAUUUUUGUAAGUAAGCCAAUAAUCCUGUUUGAUUGUUCAUCUUAUUCGGUAAUAGAGAUAUUUGGUACGAAUUGUUAAAAUUGCUCCACGAUGAAACAUUUAAUAAAUGUAAACAAAUUUA